AUGCAGUUGCCGGGGAAACUAACACUCUCCCUGGGAGCUGGUGAAGAAAGUCUUGGAAGCCGGCCUACUAUUGGAGGGAAACGGCUACUCCUCAUCCUUCAUGUCCUAGACAAUUUGACCCCAGUACCCCGGACAAUCGAUAGGAUACAAUGCACGAGGACGACCGCCCCCAGAGCAGAAGAACAGCUGAAGGACUCACUCUCACUUCUAUUGAGCGGGGGUGGGGCGGUGACGUCGGGGGCGGCGGUAAUUAUACAACCUGUGGAGCCCAACUGGGUCAUCCUCGGGCACGUGGCCCUUCGCCUUCCUAGAACUGGUGCUCAAUCGAUUCUCGCUCCGUGGGUGAGUGAUAUUGAUCUGGCCUCACUUCCGGGUAGGUCCAAGGCCGCCGCCAUGUUGGACCCGCGUGCCAAUGUCACGGUCCCCUCCCCCCCUCCGUCCGAGCCCAGAUCAGCUGAUGGUCGUCUCCGGGCCAACGCCGUUCUCAACUUGGGGCGAAAACUCAACAAGCAUCAAGUUCCAAGCCGAAAUUAA